CACGAUAUCUGACAGGGAGUUCAAGCGCGGAAGCAACAAAAGAAUUAGUUUAGCCUUGUGACAACAGCAGCGAAAUUAAAUCUCAGCACCUUCAACAAAAUGGACUGUGGAAUUAUAACGUCGAAAACGGUUCUAUUGCUUCUGAGUUUGAUUUUCUGGGCUGCAGGGGCCGCUCUCGCCUAUGUGGGCUCCUAUGUGCUGAGGAGCUACAGCAGCUUUGACAACUUCCUGGAGGACAAGUACACGCUCAUUCCUGCUGCCAUCAUCAUCGCCGUCGCCGUGGUGAUGUUCGUCAUCGGGAUCGUGGGCUGCUGUGCCACCCUGAGAGAGUCCAAAAUCGGCCUGGGCUUUUUCCUCCUCAUCAUCCUGAUUAUCUUGGCAGCAGAGAUCACCGCCUUCGUGUUUGGGUUUAUCUACAGAGGCAAGAUUAAGGGUGACCUGGAGGGGACCAUGAGCGAUGUGUUCCAGAAGUACGACGGUAAGAACUCCGAGACCCGGGCGGUGGACUACCUGCAGACUCAGCUGCAGUGCUGCGGGGUGAAGAACUACACCGACUGGACCACGAGGCCCUGGUUCAGCAGCCACAACAACACGCUUCCCGUUUCCUGCUGCAAACCAAACGUGACAGGUUGCACGGGUGCAUUGGAGCAGCCGAAUCUGCUCAACACCCAGGGCUGUGAGGCCAAGCUUGAGCAGCUGCUACAGGAUGUUCUGAGCUACGCCAUGCUGGUCAUCCUGGGAUUCGCCAUUAUCAAGCUGUUCGGGAUGCUCAGCGUGUGUGUGAUCACCUGCCGAGGGAACAGAAACGAGUACCAGCCGCUCUACGCCUGAUUCCAAAGGGACGUUCUCGAAGCACAUUGCCCAGCUCCCACACACUCCCCACGCCGCUCACUCCCCGAUGCGGCAGGGCCCGGGUCAUGUGACUUCAGACAGCCGUAGACUGCCACAAAUGUAUCUGUAUAGUCAGAUUUUCUCUUUAUUUUCAUGAGUGUUGUCUUAUGUUUUUAACGCUGAAAAACUACUUUGUUCAGUAGAAACUUGCCCACCCAAAUGUUUUUGACAUUUCUAUUGAACAGGGCCUGAAUGAAGUGUAUAUUUUUUAAAACAAUGAUAUAAUAAGACUGUAAGAGGCAGCAUACAGACUUGGAAGAAAAGCACGUUUGGUUUGAGCUAACGGUUUUUUUCAAACCUAUUCCUAGGUUAUAUGGUGUAGGUGAUGAUAUGACCCUAUUUCUUUUGAAGGAUGCAGUGUCAAACUUAGCUCUGCCUACUCUGCCACCUACUGCUGACCUAGGGUCAGCUUAUUGUAACCUGUUCCUAACUCCAAGCACCGUGAAAGCUGAAACUGGUCCAGAGUAAGUGUAAGGGGACAGAACCUAUACAAAGCUAUUUUCUGUAUAAAUCUAUUCAGUGCUGCUUUUAGCUGUGGACUUGUUUGCAAGCUUACAGACCUGAGUUGCUGAAUUGCUAGAAUCUGUCUUUUAACUGAGUUUAAGCUCAUUUCCACCACAUUAGUUACUUAGCAAGAGUAGAAAUUCAAAGUUUGAUAGGUAUGUCUAUGUCGAAAUGGGAGUGUUACGCCUCCUAUAUUUUCUCAUCAUGGGCCUGUUUUGCAGCUGAAAGCAGCAACAAACUUCUUUUUAAUUUUAGUCAUUGCAGGUGUCUAAUAAAAUACAGAUUUUUCUUGUGUAAUUUUAACUCUGCUGUAAUGAUGUCUAAAUUAAAGUUGGUGUUUUGAAAGCUGACCUGAGGAACACUUUUUUUAAAGAAAAGGAACAGAAAGUCUCAAACGGUAAAAGAACAAUUUUACUCCCAUCCUUAUGACCUAUAAAAAUUUUUUAUGGAAAGUUCCAAACUGCCUCUACGAACCAUCCUAAUGUCAUUUUUGAAAGGAGAAACCGAAAGAAUGGCAGAAGUGCCAGACACUGAUGGUUUCAUAGUUUUCAAAAUUUCUUAUGUCAAGUAAAAAUGGAAGCAGCUGAAGAGGAAUCCUACAUAUCUGGUCAGGCUUCAUAGUGUACUUAUUCCAGAAAAUACAAGUGGAGAGAUUUCUAAGAAAUCAUGUGGGCGUUGACCUCUGCUUAUCUCUCUAACUGGGAACCCAGGGACUCAUUUUUUUUUUUUUUU